AAAAAAAUUACGAUUGCGAAUGUUGCGAAUUAUCGAGACGAAAAGUAGGAUAACUGGCGACAAGUAAAACCAGUAAUAUCUUCAUAUUAUGUCUGAUAAUGACGAUGACUAUAACAUGUGCGAAGAGGAAGAAGAUUACGGUUUGGAAUAUUCUGAGGACAGCAACUCUGAGCCUGAUGUGGACUUGGAAAACCAGUAUUACAAUAGCAAGGCACUGAAAGAGGAUGAGCCGAAAGCUGCACUGCUCAGUUUUCAGAAGGUGCUGGAGCUGGAGGGUGGUGAUAAAGGUGAAUGGGGCUUUAAAGCACUUAAACAAAUGAUCAAAAUCAACUUUAAACUUGGUAAUUUCGCAGAGAUGAUGACAAGGUAUAAACAGCUUUUGACUUACAUAAAAAGUGCAGUCACAAGAAAUCACUCCGAGAAGUCUAUAAAUUCAAUUCUAGAUUAUAUAUCUACUUCAAGAAAUAUGGAAUUGCUGCAAGAUUUUUAUGAAACAACAUUAGAAGCUCUGAAAGAUGCUAAAAAUGACAGGCUUUGGUUUAAGACAAAUACAAAACUGGGUAAGCUCUACUAUGACAGGGGCGACUUCAACAAGUUAGCCAAAAUAUUGAAACAGCUCCAUCAAAGUUGCCAAACAGAUGAAGGAGAAGACGAUCUCAAGAAAGGCACACAACUUUUAGAAAUAUAUGCACUAGAAAUCCAAAUGUAUACAGCACAGAAGAACAACAAAAAGUUGAAAGCUUUAUAUGAACAGUCUCUACACAUCAAGUCUGCAAUUCCUCAUCCUCUCAUUAUGGGUGUUAUAAGAGAGUGCGGUGGUAAAAUGCAUCUUCGUGAAGGUGAGUUUGAAAAGGCUCAUACAGACUUUUUUGAAGCUUUCAAGAACUAUGAUGAAUCUGGUAGCCCAAGAAGAACAACUUGCUUAAAAUAUCUUGUACUAGCCAAUAUGCUCAUGAAAUCUGGUAUAAAUCCCUUUGACUCUCAAGAAGCCAAACCAUACAAGAAUGAUCCAGAAAUUUUGGCCAUGACCAAUCUAGUAAUGGCUUACCAAAAUAAUGAUAUCAAUGAAUUUGAGUCUAUACUGAAACACAAUAGAAACAAUAUUAUGGAUGAUCCGUUCAUCAGAGAGCAUAUUGAAGAUCUGCUCCGUAAUAUUAGAACUCAAGUUCUGAUCAAGCUUAUAGGACCAUACACAAGGAUACACAUACCAUUUAUAUCUAAAGAACUCAAUAUAGAUGAGAAGGAAGUGGAAAAUCUUCUUGUCACAUGCAUCUUGGACAACACGAUAAGCGGACGCAUCGACCAGGUGAACUCAGUUCUGGAACUACAGAGCUCGUCGAGAGGUGCAGCGAGAUACUCGGCGCUCGACAAGUGGACAGCGCAGCUCUCCUGUCUGCAUCUAGCGCUGGCUAACAAAAUGGCCUAACCGAUACCCUCACAGUGCCAUCGACAAUACAAACACAGAGCACCAUCGGACUCGAGAAAGAUUUUUUAAUGAAAUACUAAUGUGUAACCAUGGUCCUCCCAAGUGUUUAACAGAGUACCAUCAGACUUAGAAGGAUUUUUUAAUGAAAUGUUGGUAUCGAUACUGGCAUGACUCUCUAAACCUAAACUUAAAAACAAUAGUGCAUCCUUAUCAUUCAGAAUGAAAAGGAGAGAUUGAUGUUAAAUUAAGUUUUAAGUUUGGAGAAUCGUGCCAGAAUCGACGCCACUUAUGUUUAACCAUUGUCCUCCAAGUCCAAGUGUUAUCAACUUUAUGAAAAGAGUGCCGUCGGUCUUAAGAAAGAUUUUUCAAUGAAAUAUUACUAUUGUUCUUCACUGCUUAUGAAUAGAAGACGAUUACGAAAAUGGAAGCGUAAAAACCACAGACAUAGAUUUAAGUAGAUGAUGCAUGCUUCAAAUUGUAUGAAAACCAAGUGUCAUAUUUUGAGAACACAUUGGGUGGUGGUAAAUCAUGGACCACAGCCGUCUAUUUCAAUUUCUUUCGUGUCUACAGUUUGAGUUGGCACAUUUAAGUAUAUUUUUUUAAAUAUUGCGUUUGAUGUCUUGUGGCGAGAACGUUGUGUAUCUCUAUUUCAAUCUAUGUCUGUGAUAAAGAGACAUAAACAAAAUGAGAACACAUAUUUUUAUCUGUCUUUGGUAGUCAAAAUCAUUUGUUAAUUCAUUCAUGUAUGUGUGAACAGAAUAACUAUAUAACAGGUGUUAAGUGGUAGCAGUUUCCAAGAAUAAUUAUGUAGAAGUUGCUAUCUAACCAACGAUUUUAAAAUACAAACUUCCUGCUAUGCGGCUUGGGAGACAAAAGAGACACUUAGAAAUUAAAAUGCAUGAUUUGAUUAUUUUGACUACCAUAUUUUUAUCACCCAGGUAAAAGAUGGUGGAUUAAGCAAUGUUUAACAUUGUUUUAUGGUUUUUUAUUUCAACAUUAAUUAAACCAAGAUAUAAACUUAGCGGCUCUAUUUCAACUAUAUAGAUCAGUUUGAUUUGAUUGGUCAUACUGUAUGUAUAAAUUUCAAUACAUACCUACUGUAAUAUGUUACAGUAGGUACAGUACAUUGUUAUUAAAUCCAAUUAUGAAUUGCAAUAAAAAAGCGUACAACGUGCAACACAAUCUUCACAUUUUAGUUAUUUAACUACUUUGCAUACAUUCAGAAU